AACCCUAAUCCACGAAGGAGGAGCUUGGAGAGGGUGUUCCGAUGCUCAAACCGCCGCUGCCCUUUCGGUUCAUCACUGUCGUUGUUGUCGUCGUCGCUGUUGUUGGUGUUUAAUUUGCUGAUGAAAUAUAGUCUAAGUCUUUGUGGAGGCAUUUUUGAGCGCUUGUUUGCUGUGGAAUCGUUGUGCUGGAUGUAGAUAGAUUACAAAGUGGCUUGAAGUUAAAUUUUACUAACAUGGUGGGCAUGUUUGAGCCCUUUCGGGCUCUUGGCUACAUCACGGAUGCCACACCUUUUUCCGUGCAACGGAGAGGAGCUGAGAAUUUCGUCACCGUCAGUGUCGGCAACUCAUUCCAAGUUUUGAAUUGCGCGAAGCUGACGCUUGUCUUAGUUGGUCCCCAGCUUCCCAAGAGGAUCCAGGCUCUGGUUUCCUUACGGGAUUUUACGUACGUUGCCUCAGGUUUUGACAUCGUUGUGUUCAAGCGAGCUCAUCAGGUGGCGCGAUGGAGCGCGCACACAAGCAAAGUUACACUCCUGCUGGAGUUUGGGCAGCAGAUUUUGAGUAUUGAUGCGGGUGGGCGACUUUGUGUGUGGAAAGCUUUUGACUCUGACGCAGAGAAAGAGGUGAAGCCCGUGCGGGAAUGGCAGUUUCGGGAAUCUUUCACGCCAACAUGCAUCAUGCACCCCGACACCUAUCUGAACAAAGUUCUUAUCGGCAGUGAAGAGGGACCUCUGCAAUUGUGGAACGUUAUGACUUGCAGCUUGGUUCAUGAAUUUAAGGGUUGGAAUUCCCCAGUUCGAUGCUGCAGGGCUUCUCCGGCAUUGGAUAUAGUAGGUGUUGGUUGUGCCAACGGCAAAAUAUACGUCCACAACCUCCGAUACGAUGAGACAGUUGUUACCUUCUCGCAUACAGGCAAAGGGGCUGUUACAGCGCUUAGCUUUAGGACAGAUGGGCAGCCUUUUCUGGCUGCUGCUGUUUCGACAGGAGUAAUUAGUAUCUGGAAUUUAGAGAAGCGGAAACUUCAAGCUGUUGUUGAGGAUGCUCACAGUUCAGAGAUUCGUUCAUUGCAAUUUCUUGCUGGCGAACCUGUGUUGCUUAGUGCAGGUGCGGACAACUCCUUGAAGAUGUGGAUCUUUGACACGAGUGAUGGAGAGGGGCGAUUGCUUCGGUUCAGAAAUGGUCAUAGUGCGCCGCCCACUUGUAUCAAGUACUAUGGAAGAGGGAACCAUAUUUUAUCUGCUGGCCAGGACAGGGCAUUUAGGGUCUUUUCCACCAUUCAGGAUCAGCAGAGUAGAGAGCUCUCACAAGGUCAUAUACAGAAGCGGGCACGUAAUGCUCACAUCAAGGAAGAGAAGUUGAAGCUGCCACCAGUGAUUGCCUUCGAUGCAGUUGAAAUUAGAGAGCGUGAUUGGUGCAAUAUUGUGACAUGUCACAGUGGUGCAGCUGCGGCUUACUCUUGGCGUUUACAGAAAUUUGCGGUAGGUGAACAUGUCCUCAAAUCAUCAAGUACCACUCCAACUCCUGUCAUGAGUUGUACAAUAGCUGCUAGUGGUGAUAUUGCAGUUUUGGGCACAGCAGGGGGUAUGAUUGAACGCUUCAAUCUCCAGUCAGGUUUACAUAGAGGUCUAUAUGAGGAUCCGGGGAUUGGGGAUUCACUUGCGCACAAAGGAGCAGUCAAUGGACUUGCCUCUGACAGUACAAAUACUCUGCUUACUAGUGGAGGCUAUGAUGGAGUACUGAAAGUGUGGGACUUUAAGAACCUGGCAUUGAAAUCUACAUUGCCUGUAGAAUCGCCAGUGGAGAAGAUAGCCGCUCACCGCGGAAAUGGCCUAAUAGCAGUUGCGGCAUAUGACAAGGUGCUUCGAGUCUUCGACGUGGUUGCUGAGCGUCUUGUUCGGAAAUUCCAUGGUCAUUCCGAUCGUAUUACUGACAUAUGUUUUAGUGAAGACGGGAAGUUGCUGUUGUCAUCAUCCAUGGACUUCACCGUUCGUGUUUGGGACGUCAUAGCUGCAAAGCAGGUGGAUGCGAUGCAAUUGGGUACUGCUGUCACUGGCUUGUCUCUCUCACCUGGCAUGGACAUGCUGGCUACUGCACAUGUCAACCGUAAUGGUAUCUACCUGUGGGCAAACAGGUUAAUGUAUUCAGGAAUGGAGGCCCCAGUGACGAAACGAAAUCGUGAAGGUCUGAGGGUUGUAUCAAUGCCAACUGUGGGUCCCAGUAGGGAAGAUGAAACGGAUGAAGAUGUUGACGUGCCAGAUGCUGUGGAACCCGUUGUUCCUGAAACUAUGGAUGUCGAUGGUGAAAAUCCUGCUGUUGAUCGCCCAUCAGUUCCAGGUCUCAUCACUCUUACUCUUAUUCCCAAGACCCAGUGGAAAGGCAUUGUCAACUUGGACAUCAUCAAGGUCCGAAACAAACCGACUGCACCUCCUAAAAAGCCAGAAAAGGCCCCUUUCUUCCUACCUACACUGCCAACGCUCUCAGGUGAUCAUAAGUACAUAGCUCCUAGUGAAAAUGGAUCAGACAAGAUAGAGCCGGAUGGAGGAAGUAAGACAAUCAGCCGCCGAACAGGAAAGCAAGAACAUGUCGACUUUCAGACUGUUUUCUUGGAAUUGCUGUAUUCAUGUGCAGAGAAUAGAGACUAUUCUGCUCUAGUGGAUCAUUUGAAAACGAUAUCACCAUCAGAAGUGGACGCUUCUCUUCGAAUGAUGCAAAUUGUGGAUGAGGACGCCAGCUCACAUCCUGAGGAGCUCCUGGAGAUUGGCAUGGUCAUGGAUUUCCUGUUGGCGGAGUUGUUGAUGAUGAAGAAUUUCCAAUUCAUUCAAGCAAUUCUACAGGUUUUUCUGAAGAUACAUGCGGAAACCAUUGUCUCUCAAACUCCGUUGAAGGAAAAAGUGAUGAGAUUAUGGGAGCAGCAAAGAAAAACCUGGUUACGCUUAGAUAAUACGUUCCAGAAAGUUAGAUGUACAGUUAAUUUUGUUAGCAACAUGCAUGGUUAAUCAACUUAACUUAUAUAGUUCAGAGCAGCUGCCUCAUUACAAUUGCGCAGCGAUUUCCUGUUUUGAGGAAACAUCUCGUGUAUCACUCUUUCCAUUGGUGUUGUGAUUUGAAUGUUA